GAUAACUUCAAACACUUACAGCCCUUCCAAAGAUACAGAAAGACUCAGGCUGGAGAAAGAUGUUCAAUGCUAUGUUCUUUGAGGAGAGCAGUGGUGAGAUCCUGAUCUACUGCAUCAAUGAACGAAGGCGCCUUUUAUAAAGUGAAGAGAAGACAGGCAGAAAACUGCUGCACAUUCAAGUUAUUUCAAAUCAGAGAAAUGGAGACAAAAGAAGAUUUUUCUCAUUAAAAUAGAUGGGUCUGCUAACUGCGAUCAUGUGCCUUGCUGCACUGCACCAAGCUGUUGGACAGCCAGGUCCGGGAUUUCCCGCUUUGUCUCAUCUCAAUGUGGAUAACCAAAAGGUUAUUGUCAACAAGCAUAAUGACCUUCGGCGUGCGGUGAAUCCCACUGCCAGAAACAUGCUGAAGAUGAAAUGGAAUCCUGAAGCUGCGAGCAAUGCUCAGAGAUGGGCAGAUCAGUGUAAAAUGUCCAUCAGUCCUAGAAAUGAGAGAGUUGCAAAUGGUGUCUUCUGUGGUGAAAAUACCUUACAGGCAACUUAUCCUCAGUCUUGGUCUGAUGCAAUCCAAAGCUGGUAUAAUCAAGUGGCUAAUUUCAAAUAUGGUACUGGAGCAAUCAAAGACAAUGCCCCUAUUGGUAGCUACACUCAGGUGGUUUGGUAUAAUUCUUACGAGAUUGGAUGUGCAGUUGCCUACUGUCCUCAGAAUAAGUGGCAGUACUUUUAUGUUUGCCACUACUGUCCCGCAGGAAAUAAUGCAGCAGACUUAUCUAAGCCAUACAAACAGGGCCCAACAUGUGGCGAUUGCCCUAAUGCCUGCGACCAAGGACUCUGCACCAACCCUUGCAAGUAUAUAGAUGCAUACGCAAACUGUGCCGUCUUAAAAGAGCUCUUUGGCUGCACUCAUUCUCUGGUGAAGGAAAAAUGUCCAGCUUCCUGCAAAUGCACCAAUGAAAUAAAAUAAUAUCCUGCUAUCCAUCACUUUCUCUUCCUUGAGAUUGUUUUAUUUGAUAGAGAAGAGAACCCAGGAUAAAACAAAAACAAAAACAUUCCCAAUAUUUUCAUAUCCGCUUGAAUUCUGGAUAAAACAA